AUGAAGCUUGUAAGCUCGCGUACAAUCCUUGAAGGCAUCAAUUUUCAGCUCCGUCUUGGGAAUGUUUCGAGAAUUUCCUCAUACUCAACCGCAACUGGAAACCUCACAACAGAAUGGAGAAGCUCGAGUCCGUACUCAAACUCAAUGCGCGAUCUGUUCCGUCGUAUCUCGACGCUGGGAGAUGCAACGGUCUCCAUUGUUCCCCUGCUCGAUCAAUGGGUCCAAGAAGGGCGAACCGUAGAGAAAGAACAGCUCCAACUCUUCAUCAAAGAGUUGCGAUCCUUCAGACGAUUCAAUCAUGCUCUCCAGAUAUCUAUGUGGAUGACUGACAAAAGAUACAUUCCACUUAACGCCGAUGAUGUUGCCGUUCGGCUGGAUUUGAUCUCUCAAGUUCAUGGGGUAGAACGAGCAGGAAACUAUUUCAAUAAUGUUUCAAAACAAUUAAGGAGAUUUCCUGUUUAUUCUGCUCUUCUCAAAUGCUAUGCCAAUGCAAAAUCUGUGGAAAAAGCAGAGGCCACCAUGCAGGAAAUGAGUGAUUUGGGAUUUUUUAUAAGAACACCACUGCUUUACAAUUCUAUGCUUAAUCUUUAUUAUAAGACUGGAAAUUUUGAGAAAUUUGACAGUCUGAUACAUGAAAUGGAAGAAAAAGGCAUCAGUUAUAACAAAAUGACAUUUUGCAUCCGUCUAAAUGCCUAUGCAGCUGCUUCUGAUGUUGAGGGAAUUGACAAGAUUGUAAACAUGAUGGAAUUCUAUCCCACUGUUCUCUUAGACUGGGAAUUAUAUGCUACUGCAGCUAGUGGGUAUGCAAAAGCUGGGUUUUUGGACAAGUCUUUGCAAAUGCUGAAGAAAUCUGAGGGACUAAUACCAGGUGAAAGUAAAGCAUACGAAAUUCUUAUAAAACAGUAUGCAACAACUGGGCGGAAAGAUGAAGUUUUAAGACUUUGGGAACUCUACAAGAAGAAUGUUACUGUUUACAAUAGUGGCUAUAAAUCUGUCAUGUCUUCUCUGUUGAAAUUUGAUGACCUGGAGAGCGCCGAGAAGAUUUUUGAGGAAUGGGAAUCUCAGAGUCUAUCCUAUGUUUUCCGGAUUCCAAACUUGUUGAUUGGUUGUUACUGUAGAAAAGGCCUUUUGCAGAAGGCUGAAUCUCUUUUAGGCAAGGCAAUAUUGAUGGGGGAGAAGCCGGAUUGGAAGACAUGGUUUUAUAUGGCAACAGGAUAUCUUAAGAAUAAUCAAACUCUAGUGGCAGUGGAGGCGAUGAAGGAAGCGUUGGUGGUUUGUUGAAACAAGUGGAAGCCAAGUAAGGAAUGCUUGGCGGACUCUUUGAACAUCUUAAAAGAUGGAGUCGAAGACAUAGAGGGAGUCGAGAAAUUUAUAAAUUUGCUCAGGAAAAAGAAUAUUAUCUCCGAGGAUCUCCAAGAAAAAUGGUUGAAUAAUGUCCAGAAUGGGAAGUUUAACUUCGAUGCACUCGGUAAGUUUUAUGGUGAUGCUUUGAUUGAUGAUGCAGAAGCACUUUCAGCGCUCGAGGUCGAUAACGAUGAUUCAGUAAAAGAACAGGAAACGUGUUGA